AUGGAUGACGGAAUUCGCUUUAUUGAAGAAACACAGGAGGUGGCGGAAUUAACGAGUGAAGCGUUUGCAGAGCAAUCUAUAGAACCUGAAAAGGAUGGACCAGAAAUUUUUUCGGAUGGGUUGGAAAGCGUUGAUUGGACGCAAUUUGAAAAAGAAACUGAAGAUUUACGACGAGCAAAGUAUGCUCAAGAUCAUGCAGAUAUUGUUCCAGUAGAAACAGAAGAAGAGCAACGCCACCGACAAGAAUUUUUGGAGCAAAAUCGGCUAACAAAGGUGAUGAAGACUCAUCAAUUAGCUCAGAAGCCAAUCAUAGAUGAAAGCAAAAUUAAGAUUUAUUCAUGUGGGAAAAUGGAUGUGAUUUGCGAAUUCUGCGGAGCAAUUCAUUUCAAAGGCGAAUUGGCAAGUGGCAAGAAAUUUAAUCUUUGUUGUUCCAAAGGAAAGGUGAUUCUCCCUCCUCCUAAGGAAUGCCCAGAAUUGCUGCAAAUGUUAUUUACCAACUGCCAUCCUCAAUCUGCGAAUUUCAUCAAAGAUGCCCGACAGUACAACAAUGCUCUCGCAUUUGCAUCACUUGGAGCAUCCAUUGAUAAUCUACGUGGAAGAGGACCAUAUUGUUUCAAGAUUCAUGGGCAACUGUACCACAAUACAACUGCCGUUCAAUACUAUGAUGAAGAAAUAUCCGUUCCUCCCGCUCUCAAGUACGCGCAACUUUACUUCCUGGAUUCUAAUCAAGCGAACGAACUACGAUUAAAUAAUCCAGCAAACAGAAGCUGUGAUAGCGUUCUCAUGGAACAGCUAGAUGCUCUCAUUCGUCGUGUUAAUCCAUAUGCUGUCAUGUACAAAAACAUGCGUCAAGUGGCUAUGGAAGAGGACCGUCAAGCAGCAGUUGAAGGUAGGGCUCCGUUAGUGGUUUCGAUGGUUAUUCAUAACGAUCGAAGAACACAGGAUGAAAGAAGAUACAAUAGCCCCGCAGGAGAAGAAAUUGCGGUUGUCUUUAAAAGCAUUGAUGGUGCACCUCCUGAAAACAGGGAUAUCCGAGGGCAUCUAUUGAUUCCACGGAGAGGAAAAGUUUUCAUUAGGAUUGAUAAUCAAAAACCCAUGUGCGAUCCCAUAACGUACCCAUUGCUUUUUCCGAAUGGUGACAAUGGAUGGGAUCAAAAUUUAAAACGAAGAAAUUUAAAUGAAGACCAAGAUAAUGUUUCACAUAAUCACAAUGAAGAGCAAGAAUUAUUGGAUGGAGAAUCUAGAAUCGCAGACUUACACGAUGAAGAAGUCCAAAUGCAAUCUGAAAUUGUACCGGAACCAGAAUUUGAAACAGAAGUCGACAUUGAUUCUGAUGUUCCAGUACCAAUCUAUGACGUCAACCGAAGAGGACCGCGUUCCAGAAUAACUCAGUGUGAGUUUUAUAGUAGUCAACUUUCGAUACGUAAAGGGAUUUUUAAUGCGGUUUUAUACGGAGGACCGCUGUUUCAACAAUAUGUUGUUGAUGCGUACGUGAAAGUUGAGGCGAACAGGAUCCAUUAUAUUCAAACGCAUCAAAAGGAUCUGCACGUUGCACAGUAUAAUGGUCUUAUGGACUAUAUUACGACGCGAGCUGAAAGAGACAACAUUACUGUAGGGACACCUGUGAUUUUACCUUCGUCUUUCAUAGGUAGUCCAAGAGCGAUGAAACAAGGAUAUCAAGAUGCAAUGGCUAUUUGCAGUAGAUUUGGAAAGCCGACUUAUUUCCUCACAUUUACCUGUAAUCCAAAGUGGCAAGAGAUUACGGAGAGCAUCGAGAGCUAUCAAGUAGCAGCCAACAGACCUGACGUUGUUGCAAGAGUAUAUCAACUGAAAUUAAAAGAACUCAUCAAAUAUAUUCAAGAAAAACAAAUUUUAGGGGUUGUUGUUGCAAGAAUUCACGUAAUUGAAUUUCAAAAGCGAGGCCUACUCCAUUGCCAUGUGUUGAUAUGGAUUGAUCAACAUGACGUUCCUACAACUGAAUCUGAAAUCGACAAGACAAUUUCAGCUGAAAUUCCGGAUCCAGAAACGCACCCAGAACUUCACAAAAUAAUCAUGAGCAACAUGAUUCAUGGUCCGUGUGGUACCAUUAAUCCAAACUCACCCUGCAUGGACGGUAGUAAAUGCACGAAAUCGUUUCCAAAACCUUUUUCACCAUCUACAGUCAUUAAUUCCAAUGGGUAUCCAACCUACAGAAGACGAGACACCGGUAUUUCGUAUCCUCUAAACGACAAGCCCAACUCUCCUCGAGUUGAUAACAGCUGGGUUGUUCCUUUUAAUGCUUAUCUCUCUCUGAAAUACAAUUCUCACAUCAAUUUAGAGUUUUGCGCCUCUGUUACAAGCGUCAAGUAUAUAUUUAAAUAUAUAUACAAAGGACAUGAUUGCGCAAAUAUUCAAAUUAGUAGAGCUGAAAAUCAACAAGGUCAACAGGAAAUAGUGUGGGAUGAAACCAAGCAGUUUUUGUACACAAGAUACGUGAGUGCUCCAGAAGCAUGUUGGCGAAUUUUUAAGUACCCACUUUGUUUCCGAUCUCACGCCGUAAGUCGAUUGGCUGUUCAUCUUCCUCAAGAACAAGCCUGUUUACUUCCAACCAGGAUUUGA